AUGACCGACACGGAGUCUGGAAAGCGCAAGGCCUCCAACGCCGGCCUUGCGGCGCAGACUCGCCCUGUGAAACGACGAGCAUCAAAAGCUUGCUGUUGCUGCCGUGCCCGCAAAGUCCGAUGCGAUGUGGUAGAAAAUGGUUCCCCCUGUACAAAUUGCCGCCUAGACCAGGUCGAGUGUGUCGUGACCGAGAGCAAGCGAAGAAAGAAGUCUCGCGUGGAGGUAGAUGCUCCCAGCCAUGACUCGCCCGGCGAGGUCUCCGAAGAUAAUCUUCUCCACGCCCAUCGAGGCAUAUCAGAGAUGGCACCGGCGUCCCCUUCACAAGCAUCGGUCGAUGCGGAGCCUAGCCACCACAUGCCGCAUCUAUUAUAUCAAACGCAAACAACUCGUGGUGGUUCAAGUGACCCAUUUCGCCGCCGGAUGUCCUCGAUUCCAGGUGUGCCAGAGACAGUGCCCCUAGCCAAUGUCCCGCGACCAGUCUCACACUUGCUUGACCCGACAUUUGGCCAGCAGCGAUCGACUGGUAGCUUUCUUCCUGACUAUAUUCGAGGCCUGCCUUCUCGCCUGCAGAAGGAGGAUGUCGAAUAUCUCGCCGUGAAGGGAGCAUUGACCACCCCCGACGUCAGCCUGAGAAACGAGCUCCUGAAGAGCUACGUCCACUAUGUACACCCAUACAUGCCCUUGAUGGAUCUGGAGGAGUUUUUGCAGACUAUCGCUCAAAAUGAUGGGACCCAACGCAUCAGUCUCCUGUUGUUUCAGGCGGUCAUGUUUGUUGGAAUGGCUUUUGUCGACAUGAAACACGUCCAUGCGGCGGGCUUCCAGAAUCGCAAACAGGCCCGUAAGGUAUUCUUCCAACGAGCUCGACUUCUGUACGACUUCGAUUACGAGGUGGACCGGAUCUCUUUGGUUCAGUCUUUGCUGCUAAUGACCUACUGGUACGAGACGCCCGAUGACCAGAAGGACACCUGGCACUGGAUGGGCGUGAGUUUGUCUCUCGCCCACACCAUUGGUCUCCACCGGGAUCCUGGAAACUCACGCAUGAAUCCCCGCCGCCAACGAAUGUGGAAGAGAAUUUGGUGGAGUACCUACACCCGAGAUCGACUGAUUGCCUUGGGCAUGCGACGGCCGAUGCGCGUCAAAGAUGACGACUGCGAUGUGCCGAUGUUGACCAUGGAUGACUUCGAAUUCCCGGACCUACUCGCCCGAGAUCGUCAGGAUGCUGGGCGAUUCGGAGAUUCUCCGGAACGUGAAUUAUCAGCGACAACUGGCGGCAAUUAUUCUGUGCUAAGCCACAAGUUCGGGGGCUCCAUGGAAACCACGAUGAUGCUUGUGCCCAAGAAAUCGACGGCCGAAAGUUUCGAGGUGCGACACUGCGAUCAAGAAUUGGAGGAUUGGGUGGCGAACCUUCCCGUGGAGACACAAUACGUGCCCUCGGGAGUUUCAAAGCUUCCAGAAGCACAGGAGGUCCUCCAUGCGCAUCGUGCUUUGCUGAAAAUGGUAUAUCUUACGACGUCCAGUGCUCUCCACCGACCGCAGGUGCUCCCUGCCAUGCCUUAUCCGACAAUGGAUUCGGAACUACAGGAUCUCUCUCGCAAAAAGGUGCGGGCUGCUGCCGUGGAGAUCACUGACAUCGCUCAAGACCUUCAUACGUUGGACUUAACGAGGUACUAUCCCACCACGGGAGUCACCGUGCUGCUACCGGCAGUCAUUAUCCACUUAUUGGAUAUCAAGUCUAGCGACCCUAGUGUCCGAACGACUAGCCUGCAGCGCUUCUAUCAAUGCAUGCGCAUCCUACAGCGCCUGCGGGAAAUCUAUGCGUCGGCCGACUUCGCGACUUCUUUCCUGGAGGCCGCGAUCCGCAAGGCCGGAAUCCAGCUCACCGUUGCACCAGUCGACAUGCACUCGCAGCCUCCAAAGCCCACCACUCGCCACAGCACUUUCGAUACGCUCUCUCGCACCAACACCUUGACUCCCCCGCCUGAAUCUCUCGCUCAAAAGGUCCCCGAUCUGACCUACCCUAGUACCGCUCCCGCUGCUCACCAACCACCCCCGGGGGACCUGCUGGCAUCUACUCCGCCGCAGUCGGAUGGGAGCGAGAAUGGCAGCACCAACAAUGUCAAUCCCCAUUACAGCUCUCACGACGGGCUUGCCAUUCCUGACGUGAGCUCCGAGAUGAGCAUGACCGAGCUGAUGGAUCUUGCCAAUGAUGCGGAGGUCACCCAAAAUGACUUUGACGCAUUGAUCAAUUUCGAUGACCUGGGAAAUGACACCUUUGCCGAAAAUGGCGGUCAGGCCCUGCCCCUGGCCACCAAAAGGGACCUUGGAUUCGAUGUUCACAAUGUGAACUUCAUGGGCUUCGACCCCGAAUCCAAGGGUCUGGAUUUUGUCUUGGCCGACGAUCGGGCGCCCGAUUCUUCAACCGAGGCUCAGAUGCGGGCCGGUUUGCAGGCCGAACUGGACAUGAAUCUCGGUCUGGGCCUCAACGAAUGA